UUUACAUAGUAAACCUGUAUUUUGGUUUAAAAUGGAGGCCGGUGAUUUUACCCAUAUAUCAUCUGCUGUUAAAGAUAAUCAAAUAAUAUCCUAGCGGAUUUAACACGAUCUACUGAGUCUACUCAAUCUUGCUUUAUACUUUGUAUAACUGCUAAUAUGGAAGUAUACCUGCUGUUCGCAAUUCUGGUACAUUGUGUCAGUGCAAAGCCAAAUAUAGUAAUAUUUAUUGCCGAUGACCUUGGCUACGGCGAUAUCGGUUGCUAUGGUAACCAUUCUGUAAAAACACCAAACAUUGACAGUAUAGCGAGGGAAGGAGUCAAGAUGACUCAACAUUUAACAACAGCGAGCACGUGCACCCCUAGCCGAUCUGCAUUUCUUACAGGGCGAUACCAAAUACGAUCUGGGAUGGCUGCUCCAGUGAACAUGAGAGUCAAUACAUGGCCUUACUCGAGCUGUGGUCUUCCAGCAUCAGAAAUAACCUUUGCCGAGCAAACCAAGAAAGCUGGCUAUAUUAACGGAAUUUUUGGAAAAUGGCAUCUAGGGCUUCACAAAGAACAAUUAGGAGAUUUCGAGCAUCAUCCAUUAAACCAGGGAUUUGAUUCCUUCUACGGCCUUACGGGGACAAAUCUUGAUGAUUUUGACCCUUCAGAAAAAGUUGUCCUCAAAGCCAUGCCAUACUGGUAUUAUUCAAUCAUAUCAACAUGGUCUGUAACAGCCGUAGCAUUGUUCUGUUUAUACAAGUUUAAAUAUUACGGAACUUUGACAUUUAUAGUUUUAUUAAUUAUAUGGUCGAUACCUUCUUUAUACUUCUAUCUUUUGUUUGAUAAUUACAUUCUUCUAACAAGCUUUCUACACAGAAAUUACGACCUUGUUGAGCAGCCAAUCAGAUUAGCCGGUUUAUGUCAACGUUUAAUGAAUGAAGGUUUGGAGUUUAUGCAAAAUGCAACAGUUGCUAGGCAACCAUUCAUGCUUGUAAUGUCCUGGGUGCAUAUGCAUGUUGCUCUUAGAACAGCUAAAGAGUUUGAGGGGCGGAGUCAAAUUGGAAGGUAUGGAGACGCUUUGGAAGAACUAGAUUGGUCGAUCGGAGAAAUUUUAAAAUCAAUAAAAACGCUUGGAAUAGAGGAUAAUACCAUUGUUUAUUUUACAUCGGAUAAUGGCGGACAUCUUGAAGUUUCUGAUGGCGGUUAUAACGGUAUACUUAAAGGAGGCAAAGGACAUGGUGCACCAGACGGAGGCAUUCGUGUUCCUGGAAUUAUAAAGUGGCCUGGAGUUCUUGGUCAAGGCCAAACAACAGAUGAGCCGACAUCGCUGAUGGACAUAUACAACCUAAUCUCGACAGCUGUCGGUGUAGAUUUACCGUCAGACCGGCAGAUCGAUGGUAGAAACAUCCUUCCGUUACUCAAAGGAGACGUGAAUGUGUCACCGCACGAGUUUAUGUUCCACUACUGUGGUAACAGGAUACAAGCUGCCAGAUAUCGACCACGUGAUGGACAAAUAACAUGGAAGCUAGUAACGCAUGAGCCAAAUUAUAUUCCUGGGAAAAAUGUAUGUGUAUUUGUGUGCACGUGUAAUCUUGAUGUCGCUUUAACAACGCCGAAACUUUACGAUAUGACUUCCGACCCUGGAGAAACUAGCCCAAUAAAUAGUAAUUCACAAACUUACAAGAAAAUAUCGCCUUUGAUUUUAACAGCAAUUAAAGAGCAUAAAGCCUCCAUAGAACCAGUAGAAACACAAUUUACUUGGGGUAAACUGAGGCCAAAUCUAAGAUGGCAGCCAUGUUGCAAUGGUACAUUUCCUUUCAACUGCCACUGUAUUGAUGAAAAAUAUUCGACUUGAAAAGUCAGAAAUUUAUUAAACAACUCCAUACAUGUCAUUCUUAAUAAGGACUUUUUUAAUGACGUUUUGUUUGUAUAAUAUACAUGUAUAUUAAGAACUUGCAAUUAUUAUGCAAAUUCGACAUUAUUUUCUAAAAAUUAUCAUUUUACAUAAUUUUCUAAAAAUUAUCAUUUUAUUAUCUUAAUGGGGAUAUGCUAUACUUUUCUACAUUAAAAUAUUUUCUUUGUGUUUUACUCUAUUGAUUUUGUAUUUCAAAAUGAUAUGUUUUUCAAUUUUAUCAAAAAACCUCGAAAGUAUACAUGUAGUACAAAAUAUAACAGUCGUGGAAAACAUAUCUAAGGACGACAACACUUGCAGUUAACAUUGCAAUGUAUUCAACACACUUGUAUUUCUUUAAAUAAUUUACGUGUUGCCAACAUCGCUUGUCUAUCAUGUUCAAUGUGUUGAAAAAUCUGAGUUCAUUAUAUAUAGACUUAAGAGUUACAUAUGAUUUCAAACA